AUGUCAUCACCUCCUAGUUAUUCGGAAAGUCCUAAUGCCAAAAAGCCAUGCAAGGGAAUCUUAAAAUCGUCUAGUUUUGACAAACAAUUCGGUGCUAGCGGCAGUAAUCGGAAAUCAGCAAAAUUCGAUGAGAUAAAUGUAUUGCAAACUUAUCAUCCACCAAAUAAAGAUUAUGGACACAUGAGGGUUGACGAGCCUAAAACGCCCUUCAACUACUUAGACCCAGGAUUAGCUGAACAGGAUGAAUUGGAUGCUACUGUAUUAUCUGAAAAAUUGAAAGUCGCCCAAGAAACUCAACGUCGAGCAUCAUUACAUUGUGAAGAAUCCGAUGAGGAAUUGCCAGAAACUGAUGACCAGCGUGUGAAACGAAUAGAAUUCGAGAAACGACGUAAAUUGCAUUAUAAUGAAGCUAGUGCAAUCAAGCUUGCACGAAAACUAAUUGAAGAGGAAAUUGAGGAAAAUUUAUUAGACGAUGAAAUCGGUGAAGCUGCUGGAGGUGGAAGCAUUGAGGAUUCAAACGAUGAAUUAGAUAAUGAUGAAACAGCUUUUGUAGAGGAUGUGGGAGCUGGCACGUCUUCUGAUAAACCUUCACAAAGUACGGAUCCCUAG